CCAAAAAUAAAAACUAUGUAAUAACUGUAAAUAAAUUAAGGGAAGAAGAGAAAGAGACUCACAAUUUAUGUUUGUAUACUAAAAAUGCAGUAAAAUUAUUUGGCCGCAUAAUCACUAGAUUAUGGAAUCUUUUUUCGGUUGAAUAAUUAUCAAUUAUUGAUAUUAUUAUUAACUCAAAAGACCAUUCAUAUUUUAAAUUUUCUAAAGAAAAAAAAAAAAACACAGAGACAUAGUCAUAUGCCAAAUGGAAAUGCUAGAUUUAAAAAACAUAUAUAAAUGUAAAUGAGAAUGAAGUAUAUGUUGUUGUAUUGUAAUCUUCUUGUUCUUCUCUUAGAUGUGAAGCUUAAUUUUUGAGUGAAGAAGAAGAAAGUGGAAAGUGGUUUGAGUUUCCCAAAAGCCUCAGUGUUUAAUAAUGUUCACGUGACUUUCUCUCACCUGUUUUUUUUGGGUAUCAAUUUCAGCCUCAAAUCAAUGUUUUUCCUUUUUUUCAUUUUCUAACCAAAUCUUACUCUUAAUUGCCUUCAUCUUCACCCUUUCACUGCCCCAGAUCUCUCUCUUGCACAAAACAUCAUUCAGUGUUCCAUUUCUGCUACAAAGUGAAGGAGCUUGAAGAAGAGCAAGCUUUGUUGCUUUGACUAGUUCCAUUUUUUGAAUGUUGGCAAACAAAAUGAUAAUUGAUAUGCCACCAUCUGGGGCUCAAAGUGUGAGGACAAAUAGAUCUUCAUAUGGUUCUAGCAUUGGCAAUGAGGGUACUCCUUUACACAGCCAUGCUACUGUUAGCAAUGGUGAUGACUAUGACAGCGACGGCUCCAAUUUCGCACCACCCACACCAACAACUCUAUCAAUGGCUAUUCCAGCAGAACUCGCUGGAGCUGCACCCUUGAUUGAAAGAUUCCAGGUGGAAGGUUUUUUAAAAUUGAUGAAAAAGCAAAUUCAAUCUGCUGGAAAGCGAGGAUUUUUUUCUAAAAGAUCUGUGGGCCCUCAAGUUCGAGAAAAACUUACAAUUGAAGACAUGCUUUGCUUCCAAAAGGAUCCAAUACCAACAUCAUUGCUUAAGCUGAAUGGUGAUUUGGCAAGCCGUGCAACAAAACUGUUCCAGCUAAUUUUGAAAUACAUGGGUGUUGAUUCAUCUGAUCGUGGAACUCCACUAAGCUUAGAGGAGCAGGUUAAUCUCGUAGGUAAACUAUACAAGCAAAGUUUGAAGCGUUCAGAACUCCGAGACGAACUUUUUGUCCAGAUAUCAAAACAAACAAGAAACAAUCCAGAGAGGGAAUGCUUGAUUAAAGCAUGGGAGCUAAUGUAUUUAUGCGCGUCGUGCAUGCCUCCUAGCAAAGACAUUGGAGGAUAUCUGUCAGAAUAUAUUCAUACUGUGGCGCAUGGUGUGGCUGUCGAUUCUAAGAUCCGGGGCCUUGCACUGAAUACAUUAAAUGCUAUGAAACACUCUAUCAAGGCUGGUCCUAGGCAUAUGAUACCUGUUCCUAGUGAGAUUGAAGCUCUGUUGAUUGGGAAAAAGCUCACAACUAUAGUCUUCUUUCUUGAUGAAACAUUUGAAGAAAUUAUGUAUGACAUGUCAACAACUGUUGCGGAUGCUAUUGAGGAACUUGCAGGGAUCAUUAAACUGUCAACAUACUCUAGCUUUAGCUUGUAUGAAUUCCACAAAGUUGUCACAAGCUCCAAAUCAUCUGAGUCUGGGAAUGAGGAGUACAUAGGGUUAGAUGAGAAUAAACAUAUUGGGGAUCUCGUCGCUGAAUUUAAGGCAGUAAAAGAUCGAAGUAAGGGAGAAAUUUUGCACAGCAAACUGGUAUUCAAGAAAAAGUUAUUUCGUGAAUCGGAUGAAGCCGUGACAGAUCCAAUGUUUUUGCAGUUGUCCUAUGUACAAUUGCAGCAUGAUUAUAUUUUGGGUAAUUAUCCAAUUGGAAGGGAUGAUGCAUCCAAACUUUCUGCAUUGCAAAUCUUGGCUGAGAUUGGAUUUAUUAGAAGACCUGAAUCAUGCGCAGAAUGGAAUUCAUUUCUCGAGCGAUUUCUUCCUAGGCAAAUUGCAAUGACUCGAGCUAGGCGGGAAUGGGAGUUGGACAUUCUUUCUUGCUAUCAUUCAUUGGAGCAUGUCACGAAAGAAGAAGCAAGACAACAAUUUCUGCAUAUAUUAAGAGCACUUCCGUAUGGAUUUUCUGUAUUUUUCAAUGUUCGCAGAAUCGAUGAUCCUAUUGGACUCCUACCUGGACGAAUAAUAUUAGGAAUUAACAAGAGAGGGGUUCAUUUUUUUCGUCCGAUUCCCAAGGAAUAUUUGCACUCAGCUGAAUUGAGAGACAUAAUGCAAUUUGGAAGCAGUAAUACUGCUGUAUUUUUUAAAAUGCGAGUUGCAGGAGCUCUUCACAUAUUCCAGUUCGAAACCAAACAGGGAGAAGAAAUUUGUGUAGCUCUCCAGACACAUAUAAAUGAUGUAAUGCUGCGCCGAUAUUCCAAAACACGAUCUUCUCCUACCGGUUCUUUGGAUAAAGACAUUUCUAGUGAUUUCAAGCCUCCAAAUUCAGAAUUGUACGAGAAACGUGUUCAAGAUUUAACAAAAGUUGUUGAAGAUUCUCAAAGGAAUGCUGAUCAAUUGCUGCAAAAAUUGCAUGAGAAGCAAAAACAAGAGGAUGAAUUGCUUCAAGAAUUAGAAGGCUUGAAAGAAUCUUUAGAAACUUCCACGCACAGUCUUGCAGAAGUUACAAACGACCGUGAUAGGCUUAGAUCGCUAUGUGAUGAAAAGGAUAAUGAACUUCAGGCUAAAGUUAUAGAGAAAAGGAGCUUGGACGCAAAGAUAGCGAAGUUAAAUAACCUGGUAGUAGAGAGGACUACCAAUAAGGACCCCAUUAUAGUAAAUGACCAAGUGUUGCAAAAACUUGAAGAUGACUUGAAACUUUGUAGAGAUGAGUGUAUGGUAGCUGAAGAGACCAUCAAAAGCUUGACAAAUGAGAAGUUGAUUUUGACACAAAAGCUAUCUGAGCUUGAGAAGAAGAAUGCUGAAGAGAUUAAUUCUCUUCAACGGAAACUCGAGCAAGAACACAAAGCUUUGAACACUCAAGUGCAUGACCUGGAAAGAAAACUAAAUGUGCUUAAACAAGAAUUGGUUGUGGCCGAGUCUACACUUUCGAUGAAGGACUCUGAAUUGGUUGUGUUGAAGAACAACUUAAAAGAACUAGAAGAUUUGAGAGAAAUGAAAGAGGACAUUGACAGAAAGAAUGAACAAACAACUGCCAUAUUGAAGAUGCAAGGAGCUCAACUAGCUGAAAUGGAAUCUCUUUAUAAGGAAGAGCAAGUUCUCAGAAAGCGAUAUUUCAAUACCAUAGAAGAUAUGAAAGGCAAAAUAAGAGUUUACUGUCGACUAAGACCUCUCAGCGACAAAGAAAUUGCCGAGAAAGAAAAAGAUGUUCUUACUUUUGUAGACGAGUUUACUGUCGAGCAUCCAUGGAAAGAUGAUAAACAAAAACAACACAUAUAUGAUCGUGUGUUUAAUUGCGACAUCACUCAACAAGAAGUAUUUGAGGAUACAAAGUACUUGGUGCAAUCUGCUGUAGACGGUUAUAAUGUUUGCGUAUUUGCUUAUGGUCAAACCGGCUCUGGAAAGACGUUUACAAUCUACGGAUCUGAAAACAAUCCCGGACUUACUCCACGUGCUACUGCAGAACUUUUUAGAAUUUUAAGGAGAGAAAGUAACAAGUUUUCUUUUUCCUUGAAGGCUUACAUGUUGGAAUUAUAUCAAGAUACACUUGUAGAUCUUUUGUUACCUAAGAAUGCAAAGCGAUCGAAAUUGGAGAUUAAGAAGGAUUCAAAGGGAAUGGUAGCGGUCGAAAACGUAACAACUGUGUCAAUUUCUACAAUGGAGGAAUUGAAUAAUAUAAUACAAAGAGGUUCUGAACGGCGACAUACAGCAGGGACACAAAUGAAUGAAGAAAGCUCAAGAUCUCAUCUUAUACUAUCAGUUGUAAUUGAAAGCACAAACCUUCAAAGUCAGUCGGCCGCAAGAGGAAAGCUGAGUUUUGUGGAUCUUGCUGGGUCAGAAAGGAUUAAAAAGUCAGGUUCUGAGGGUAGUCAACUGAAAGAAGCUCAAAGUAUAAACAAAUCAUUAUCAGCACUUGGAGAUGUUAUUAGUGCUUUAUCUUCUGGUGGUCAACACAUACCUUAUAGAAAUCACAAGUUAACUAUGUUGAUGAGUGAUUCACUAGGAGGCAAUGCCAAAACUCUCAUGUUUGUUAAUGUUUCUCCAAUAGAAUCAAGCUUGGAUGAGACACAUAACUCUCUCAUGUAUGCAUCACGGGUGAGGUCGAUUGUGAACGAUCCGAGCAAAAAUAUUUCUUCGAAAGAGAUAGCUCGACUGAAGAAAUUAGUCACAUACUGGAAAGAGCAAGCAGGUAAGAGAGGGGAGGAUGAUGAUUUAGAAGAAAUUCAAAAUAAACGACCGACUAAAGAGAAGAACGAAGGCCAUGGCCGCUUCACAUUGUAGUAACUUGAGGCAAAUGAGAGUGUUCAUGAAUGGAUUUCAUUGCAAUGGAUUGGUCAUCUGUUGUAUUUUUGUCUUUGGAAUGUUGCUGUUUCUGCAUUCCAAAAUAUCUCACAUGCUAAAUAGGUUGUUGUAAUUUGUUUGAGAGGGGUACAAGCUGUAUAGUUGAAUCAUGUAUAUAUGUUUUUUAAUCAUCUUUAACUUAUGAGAAAUGGUGCAUUGUAAGAAAGUAUAAAUAAGGAAAACAUACAAAUUAUAGAAACAGUUUUUUUCCACCCA